GAAUACUACGGUUACGUCCGCCGGAUCCCUUCCAAAGACCAUUGCGACAAGCUAUUUGAAUUCUUCUUCCUACAUCUCAAUUCAUUAUGCUCACCGCUAGAUCAGACAUUCUUUGAAGAGCAGCUACGGCGUUGGUGGGACCUUGCUCAUAAAGUACUGACUAAGGAAGGCCCAAAUGGUCUGCCUGAAGAGAUUAGAUGCUUUCCUGCACUGAUAUUUCAAGUUUUGGCCAUCGCGCUGCAGUUCAUAUCAGGCCCAUAUAAAGCCAAAAUAGACGAGCUCAAAUUUGGUCCAUUCCAGACAGUUGCCGAACUAUCCAAGGAAUACAGUGAUUGUGGAGUUUCUUUGUACAACAUGGUUGGAAAUGCAAAGCUCACCCUUAUUGGAGUGCAACACAGCUCUAUGAGGGACUGGUGGCUCCUGAACUCUGGUGACCUGGUGCAAGCAUGGACGCACUCUAGUCAAACCAUAAGAGAUGCCAUGGCUAUUGGGUUACACCGUGAACCUGAAAUUCCUGUGACAAGUCACGCAGAAGAGCUUCUCGAUUGUCUGUGGAAGAAUGAGAUGCGGAAACGUGUUUGGCUUAACGUUUUUGUCUUUGAUGUCUCCGCAGCAUUUUUUCAGGGGCAACCUAUGUUUAACCGCCUGAAGGAGUGCACCGUCAGCCCUCCAGUUGACUGUGACAUUCCCAUUGAUCGCUUGACGAGAAUCCCAGUUGCGAGGUCCGACUUCGAAAGGCCCAGUCCAUUGACCGAACGAAUCUUGCGCCUCAAAAUAACACGUCGACUUUGUGAGAUUCGAGACCUGGAAGUGCAAGGGCCCAUCCCAAGAGAUGCGGAAAAAGUCAAGGAACUCCACAAUUUUGCCAUUGAAUUCAGAAACACAUUGCCAAGUUUCUACCGUACGCCUGAUCCGGAUACUACAUGGGAUGUUGAGUGUCCGUUUGUUCCAACUCACCGCGAACAACUCUGCUUUUUGGUUGAUGCCUUUCUAAUUGCUCUUCACCGUCCGUACGUAUUCACAAGGGAACGGAGUCAGCGUCAGGUGUACGACAGCGCACUCGUCAUUCUCGACAGUCAGGAGCGGCUAUUUCAGGCCAUGAAUGUGUCCGAGGCACCUAUCUACAUUGGCUGUACACUGCCAACCUUCGAGGCUGCUGUCCUGUUAGCAGUGGUCUUGAUAUCAAAUCCUGGGCGGUACUAUGAAUCUUUCUGGCGACCGUACAGUAGCCUGAAAAGAGCUAUCCACCGACUUGAAUGCAUUGGGCCACACUUACCACUUGCUAGAUUUGGAGCAGCGAUUUUGCAAACCGCACUUUCUCGCAUUAUUCAGGCGUGCCAGAAGGCU